UUCUCAAGACGCGAGCAGCGAACAUUCAUAUAAGAGUAGAACCGACUCAGGUCGCAUCAGCAUUUUGCUCGUAUUCGAACGAGGAACCUCGUCGCGCAUCGCGUUGUUGUUACUUGUUCACCUUCAAUCUGAAGGAAAGAACGUCGUGUCGAAAUUGGCUACCAGACUCGAAUAAUUACCACUCGGCCUCUUACAGUUUCAAUUCGACCAUGGCUCCAAUCGAAACCACAAUGUUAUCGGACAUAGAUGAAAUGCCGUCCAUUAAGCUCGGGGACUCUGUCCUCCAGUUUGAACUUGGUCCACCGAGUGCUGAAAUUCAAGAAGUUGCCAACAGGGAACUCAGGGAAUCUCCAGAAUUACAAAAAGAAGCAAUGUCUCGACUACAGGAAUUGCUGAGAGCCGAACCUGACCUGCAUUGUCCAUUGGAUAACGAAGCUUGGCUCAUACGAUUUUUAAGGCCUUGCAAGUACUACCCAGAAUCAGCCCUCAAACUAGUGAAAAAUUAUUAUAGUUUCAAAGUUAAGCACUCGAACGUGUACGCAAAUCUGAAGCCUAGUAAUGAAAGGAAUAUUUUUGAUCACAAUAUCCUCACCGUUUUGCCUAAUCGGGAUCAAUUUGGUCGGCGGAUCCUAAUUAUAGAGCUAGGAAAGAAAUGGAAGCACAAUAAAUGCAGUUUGGAUGAAGUUUAUAAAGGAUGUGUUUUAUACUUGGAAGCUGCGAUGUUAGAACCAACUUCACAAAUUGCUGGUGCAGUUGUUAUCUUCGAUAUGGAUGGAUUAUCACUCCAGCAAACGUGGCAAUUUACACCACCUUUUGCUAAGAGAAUAGUCGAUUGGCUGCAGGAUGCUGUUCCUUUGAGAGUUAAAAAUAUCCAUAUCAUCAAUCAACCUUAUAUCUUUAACAUGGUGUUCAACCUCUUCAAGCCUUUCUUAAGAGAAAAGCUAAAGUCAAGGAUCAUUUUCCACGGAACUGACAGAAAGUCUCUGCAUCAGCAUUUAUCACCACAGUGCCUUCCUGAAUGUUAUGGUGGUAGUUUACAAAUUCCCAGGGUGACGGGACCUCAGUGGUUUGAAUUGUUGCUCAAGUGCGACAAGGAAUACGAUGCAAUCAACAGCUACGGCUACAAGAAAAAGUAAUUUCCUUGCACUGAUGAAUUAAGACAACUUCGUUGAAGAUGACUUCCAGGUGGUUGAAAAUGAGGAUAUAAACAAAGGAAGGAUUUGGUUCGUCUUCGAGGAAACCCUGCUUCAACCGUCUACCUCUGCUCACUUUUAGUGCAUACGUUAUUUAUAUUGUCUCGUUUUUCACAUUGUGAUAAAAAAAUAGUCAGCAGUGCUGUCUUUUAAACAUAAAUUUAUUUUUCAGACUAGUUUUAUUUUAUAUAGACGGCUUAGUUCGGAAAGGUUAUAAAUGUGUUUACUGUUUUAUAUUACAUUAAUGUGCUAUACUGAUUAAAAUAAUCCUUAUAGUAUUAUUUUUGUACACACACGAUUUUUGAGAAUGUGAAGUUCGCGGUAUGUUUAAAAAUGCUCUCUUCGCAAUAUCCUGUUAAAAUACAUGGUUUUAUUUUAAUGAA